GCCAAUGGGCUCCCGGUCAGGGAGUUGGGGGCUUUGGCGCCCGGCUCCUCCCUCUCAGGGGUCACGCUCCGCAGGCCCGGGUGUAGAGGUCGCGUGUUUCCCCUCCCUCAGCCGAGGUGAGGGCUAGUAAAUGCUGAGGUUCUUCCCGCCUAGCUUGCGCCCGGGGCCGUGGGGCGUCGGUAGCGUGGAGUCGGGAAGGAUCCCGACCCGGGGGGAACCCGGCCUCGCCCUCGGAGAGGGCGGAGCACAGCCCCCAGGGCGGCGUGCUCGGAACGCCCCGCGUCUGGCGGCGUGGAGCCGGCCGUGGGGUCCGUGCAGCCGGUCCCCCGGCGGCUCCUCGGGAAGAAGGCGCGCGGGAGACCUGGAGACGCCGCGAACCCUGUGCGGCGUGAACUGGGUCCAUACCAGGCUGGAGACGGGGGCGCGGCGUCCCGAAUUCUCAGCCCCUUUCCCAGCCUUAAAAAGAGGUGAUUCCUAAGCAGCCGGGAAUCCGAGGCUGCGGGAAAAGCACUGCAGUUAAAAAUGCAGGAGCAGAACUUGAAUGGUUAGCCACUGACCCAUUUUACAGAAUGUUUCAUGGAUGUGUGGACCAAAAGUCAGAGUUAUUUUUUACUUUUAAAAGAUGUCAGUGAUCUGAUAGACAAUAAAUAAUUGCUUGAUGAAGAUGCAUGGAAUUGUCAUUAUGUUGGACUAUUGGUCAUUUCUGAAAACUUCUUCAACCACAAUUUCCAUUUGAAGAUUCAAGUAUCAAAGAAUAUUGGGUUUAGAAUUUUGUUUGAGGACUUCAACUUUUAUAGAGCCUACAGUUGGAUUCUAAUUUCAUUCUCCAAUCAAAGUAAUUCAUGUCAUUCAGUCCUUUGAAAAAGUUAAUUUUGAAGAGCUUUAUAUUUGUAAACAACACCAAAAGAUGGGAGAAAAAAAUGGUGAUGCAAAAACAUUCUGGAUGGAGCUGGAAGAUGAUGGAAAAGUAGACUUCAUAUUUGAACAAGUACAAAAUGUGCUGCAGUCCCUGAAACAAAAGAUCAAAGACGGGUCUGCCACAAAUAAAGAAUACAUCCAAGCAAUGAUUCUGGUGAAUGAAGCAACUAUAAGUAACAAUUCAGCAUUGAUAAAGGAUGGUAGACCUGUGAUCCAGAAUGAGCAGGAAAGCAAAUCGAAUGCAUUGCCCUCUACGUCAUGUGAAGACUCCUCUCCAGAAGACUGUACAUUUCUGCCUACAGAAAAUAAAGAAGUUCUCCCUUUGGAAAAUGAAGUUACAGAUUUUAAAGAAAAAGCAUCUUCAGAUUUAUCCUACCGAAAGCAUGACUGUUCUAGUGCGUGUCUGUUGAAAAUGCCACUAACCUCUAAGGGGGAGAACCCUCUGCAGCUACCCAUCAAAUGCCAGUUCCAGAGGCGACACGCAAAGACAAACUCUCAUUCUUCAGCGCUCCACGUGAGUUAUAAAGCCCCUUGUGGAAGGAGUCUACGAAACAUGGAGGAAGUUUUUCGUUACCUGCUUGAGACAGAGUGUAACUUUUUAUUUACAGAUAAUUUUUCUUUCAACACCUAUGUUCAGUUGACUCGGAAUUACCCAAAGCAAGAAGAAAUUGUUUCUGAUGUGGAUAUUAGCAAUGGAGUGGAAUCGGUGCCCAUUUCUUUCUGUAAUGAAAUUGAUAAUAGAAAGCUUCCACAGUUUAAGUACAGAAGGACUAUAUGGCCACGAGCAUAUUGUCUAAACAACUUUUCCAUCAUGUUUACUGAUUCAUGUGACUGUUCUGAGGGCUGCAUAGACAUAACAAAAUGUGCAUGUCUUCAGCUGACAGCAAGGAAUGCUGAGACUUGUCCCUUGUCAAGUAGUAAAAUAACCACUGGAUAUAAAUAUAAAAGACUCCAGAGACAAAUACCUACUGGCAUUUAUGAGUGCAGUCUCCUGUGCAAGUGUAAUCGACAGAUGUGUCAGAACCGAGUUGUCCAGCAUGGUCCUCAAGUGAGGCUCCAGGUGUUCAAAACUGAGAAAAAGGGCUGGGGGGUACGCUGCCUAGAUGACAUUGACAGAGGGACGUUCGUCUGCAUAUAUUCAGGAAGAUUACUAAGUAGAGCUAAUACUGAGAAACCUGCUGCUGUUGAUGAAAAUGGGAAAAAGGAGGAUACUAUGAAAAAUAUAUUUUCAAAAAAGAGGAAAAUGGAAGUUACAUGUUCAGAUUGUGAAGUUGAAAUUAUCCCAUUAGAAUUGGAAACACAUCCUAGAAGUGCUGAGGCUGAGACAUGUCUUCCCAAGUUCAAUAAUGAUCUAAAAGAGCCUGUUAUGAAAAUGAAGUGUGACAAUAUUUCAAGACUUCAGUAUCAUUCAGUCAUUAGAAGUCCUCAAAACAAGACAGCCAUUUUUCAAUGCAAUGGGGAAAUGAUGGGAUUUGCUUCCUUGGAGUCUGUCACCUCAGAAGAUGAUGAUAGAUUUGAAUCACCGCUAGUACAUCUGAACUCUAAAGCCAAGGAAGCACAAAAGGACUCAGACCAAGUUGAAAAUGCUGGCAACCAUCUGCUGAUCAAAUCAGAUGUGAUAGAUAUAACGAGAUGUAGAGAAGAAAGUCCACCAGAGGACAGGUAUAAGCAGCUGUCCACAUUGGAUAAUCAGAGUGGUAGAAAGGAGUUUACAGCUCAGAUACAAAAGCCCCAAGAGGAAGAAGCUCCAGCAUAUCAAAACCAGCAGGCCUUUAGUGCUGAAGAGUUGCCAAGUGAAGCCAAGAAUUGUUCACCUCCUUCUCUGAAAAAGUUCAAUAAAGGGGAUAUAUUUUUACUGGAUGCCACAAGAGAAGGCAAUGUGGGCCGCUUCCUCAAUCAUAGCUGUUGCCCAAAUCUCUUGGUACAGAAUGUUUUUGUAGAAACACAUGACAGGAAUUUUCCAUUGGUGGCAUUCUUCACCAACAGGUAUGUAAAAGCAAGAACAGAACUAACAUGGGAUUAUGGUUAUGAAGCUGGAAGUAUGCCUGAGAAAGAAAUCCUCUGCCAGUGUGGGGUUAAUAAAUGUAGGAAAAAGAUAUUAUAAAUAUAUAGUUAAUGCCCACUCAUAAAAUUUGUUUAUCAGGCUGACAUUAGAGCCAUGUAAAAGAGCCCUCUGUCAUCAGUGGAAUUAAUUUAGGUUUUGGUCCAUGGAGGUAAUUUCUCUCAGUUUAUCUUUGUCAAAGAGUUCAUAUUUAUUUCUAGUUUUAUUUGUGUGACUCAGAAAUGAUAGGAACAAGAUUAGGAAAUUUGCAUAUAUAUAGGGAAUUUCUAUUCCUGCUGCUAUUCAGCUUUUCAUUAAUGGGAUGGAAGUGUAUACUUUCUUUGAAACACUACUGUACAUUUUGUAACUUAUUUGUAAAUUAUAUAUUAAGAGAAACAAAUGUCACAGUAGAACCCUGCUGUUUCUUUUCUUGCUUUUGUGAUUAUCAUCUUUUAGUUUAUGCCUCCAAAGGGCCAAAUUUCACAUCUUUACCUAUAAAAUUUAAUUAUGUUUUAUUCCUAGCAAAUCACUCACCAUCAUGAGAGCUAUGUCGUAUCAAUUGCCUACUUACUCUAUUUUUUCUCUGGUAGCAUUCAGACAUACUACUAUUUUCAUUGUUUUCUAACCUGCUUUUUUGCCCUCCUUCAAUCUUCUCUUACAUAUAACUUUGUAAUCAUUCCCAGCCUGAAUCUUCUAUGAUGUGCUUUUAGACUGGAGCAAUAUCCUCAACAUCAUAGUUUUCAUGGCUAGUUUAAAAGUAGCCCCCUGUCCUGGUAAUUGCAGUAAAGAAAUA